GCGGCCAUGGCGACUUGCGUGGCAGGCCGGCAGGCGGUCGCAUGGCGGGGCACCAGCUAGCGCCGUCAUGGCGCUCCUCCAAGCGCUCCUAUUCCUAUUCUGCAUCCCUUUACUGCAAAGUGCGCCCCAAGAAACCGCCCCAGCGUUACUGGUCGCCUUGCCCGAGAACCGCGCGGCGGCCGCCCUGGCCCGAGCGUUGCGCCGGGCCUUGGGCACUGCCUCGCCCUGGCUGGCGGCUACCAUCGUCCUGCCGUCCGGAGACCCCGCCGCUCAGCUCGGGGCCCUCUGCCAGGCCCUGGAAACUCACGUCCCGCUGCUGAUGCUGUCGCUCAGCCCAGCUCCAGCGGGAUUUGCCCCGGCUCUAGCGGCGGGAACGGCAGGAUUGCCCGUCAUCGCAUACACGGGACACUACGGUGACGCAUCGCUCGACUUACUUCGAGAGGUCGGUACGUCGGAGUUGUACCUGAACUUAGACCCCGGACUACGGCACUUGACCGACGCCCUAUUCGCCCUUCUGUCCGCCAACCGGUGGUACGAAUUCGCUCUGGUCGCCGAGGAGUCUGCCGCGUCCACUGCCCUGGCUCAAGACUUGGUGUCCAGGACGCGCGAGACCCCAUGGCGGCCCAUGGUACGGGUCGCGCUCCCGCCUUCUGGUAGACCUUUGUUGCACGACGUGGGACAACCUCUGCUGGCCAGUCCCGCCAGGGUGGUCGUCCUAUUUUGCGGCCCUCAACGUGCAGUGGAAGUCCUGGAGGCGGCGGCGAAGUUGGGUCUGCUACGGGGCGAGCACGCCUGGCUCAUCGUGGAGCCCCCGACGGCUGUGGUGGAAGGGAGCUCCUUGGAUGAGAUCAUGGGGGCGGACGGCACGUUCUUUCUACCUCCGGGGCUUCUUCGGCUGCGGCUUCGUGAAAUGAGUGCCACGGAGCGCCAGGAAUCCUCCCGAUGGCUGGCGGGACUCGUAUUAGAUGCUGUGCAUCGCUGGGGCCCCGUCGAAUGGCCCGUAGCACUAAGGAACGCUACAACGGACACAUCGAAACCUUCCUGCUGGGAUCCACCCACACCUCGAAGAAAGGCCUUCUCCAAGAGGUUCUUUCAAUUCUUGAAGGCGGCGGCGGAAGACCACCUGUCCCUCCGGCCUCCUCCUCCGCGAGGUCCCGGUACGGAACACGAGCAACCAGUACCUGAAGAGCCCUGGUUCCCCGUCGUCUUCGACAUUCUCAACCUGGCCGGAGGAACCAACCCGAGGUGGCGUCGUGUGGGCAACGUCACCGGAGGCGGCAAGGCAGUCCUAGACGACGUCGAGUGGCCCGGUGGCGACGAAACCGGUCCCCAAAGGGGCUGCGGACGUCAAAGGUUCCGUGUGGUGACGGCGUACGCCCCGCCCUUUGUCAUGCCGUCCACUCGUAUUGACAACGGAAGUUGCCUCACAGGCGUCCCAUGCCUACAGGUGGGAACGGCAGAACCAGAACGGAUCUCAGCAGCCCUCGCCGACUACCGGCGCGGCGUCGGCGAGGGCAUCAUUUACAACAUCAGCUGCUGCGCCGGUAUGGCCGUCGACCUCCUGGCCGCCCUCGCAAGAGACCUUGCCUUCGACUUCGACAUGUACCUGGCCGCCGACGGCACCUUUGGCACCGACCGCGGUGGUCGCUGGACGGGUGUCACCCAAGACCUCAUCUCUGGAGCGGCCCACCUGGCCGCCUCAGCAUAUUCGGUGACCUCUCAGCGGUCCCGCCUGGUCGACUUCUCCGUGCCGUUCUUCCAUUCGGGCGUCUCCUGCCUGGCGUACCCGGCGAGGCACGACGUACCCUUGUCGGCGUUCCUGGUGCCCUUCAGCGUCCCGCUCUGGGUCGCCAUCUUCUUCAGCCUGAAGGCGACAGCUGUGGCAGCCGCCUUGUACGAGUGGUUCUCGCCGUUUGGACUGAACCCGUGGGGUCGUCAGCGCACUAAGAACUUCAGCCUCGCGUCUGCGUUGUGGGUGAUGUGGUCUUUAUUAUUUUCUCACUUGGUGGCGUUCAAGGCACCAAAGUCGUGGCCCAACAAAGUCCUCAUCAACCUGUGGGGCUGCUUCUCGGUCAUCUUCUUGGCCAGUUAUACGGCGAACAUUGCUGCCCAUUUCGCCGGGCUCUUCUUUCAGAUGCACGUGCACGACUUUCAUGAUACAAGCCUCCUAAGCCAGCGCACGGGAACGGCACGAGGCACAGCCGCAGAAGGCUACGUAUUCGCCGAGAACAAGCGUUUAUGGGAGCACAUCCAGCGCUUCGGUGUCGCCUCCUUGGACGAAGGAUUGGCGUCCCUCAGAGAAGGCACUCUAGACGUUCUCAUCGGUGACACCGCCGUGCUAAACUAUUUCCGAGCUAACGAACCUGGUUGCAGACUCAGGUUGCUCGGAGACUCCAUUUUCGACGACGCCUACGCCGUGGGUAUGCAACGCGGCUUCCCACUCAAGCGUGCCGUGUCGGACCUGCUCCUGCGGUACAACGCCCUAGGAUUCCUGGACCAACUUCAACGUCGUUGGUACGGUCGGGCCCCGUGCUUGACGGAUCCUGCCCGUGCCCUAGAGAAGCCCCUUCCCUUGGGUGUGCGCGCUGUGGCGGGCGUUUUUAUAAUGCUGCUCAUCGGCCUUCUCGCGGCGGUCUUCAUCCUCAUCGUGGAACACUUUGUGUUCCGCUACGCUCUGCCGGGCCUCAGGCGAAAGCCAAAGGACUGCUUCUGGCGAUCGCCGAACCUCAUGUUUUUUAGCCAGAAGUUGUACCGUUUCGUCAACACCGUGGAACUGGUCUCUCCUCAUCAUUCAGCCAAGGAGAUCAUGACCAACCUUCGUGAAGGGCAGAUUGCAAGCCUCUUUCAGAAGAGCGUCAAGAGGAAGAUCAAGGAAGAGGCUCGCCGCAGGAAGAGCAAGUCGCAGUUCUUCGAGAUGAUUCAAGAGAUACGCAAAGUGGUUCAGCAGCAGAGAGACCCAGACACCCCAGGCCCCAGCGACCCCGCCGACCACGUCGAGGAACUCGUCAGCCCCGAGUCGAGCAGCGUCGAGCCUUUACUCCAGGCUCCCCAGGAUCCUCUCAUUUGCGUUGACUCGCCCGCCGAGUCAUCGCGGACUGAGGAGGAACGUCCGCACGUCAUCCUCAGCGCCAGCCUCGACGACCUGCGGCCCGAUGUCUCCCACCGUCGCUUCGUUCCACCGCCGCGCACGCGUUCGCUCGGCGACCUCGACGAGCUGAAACGUCGCGCCGCCGAGUCCACCGGCAGCCGUAAGCGUCGACAUAGACGAUGGCCCGUCGAGUCGUGGGACGACCUCAGACUGGUCGCCAUGAGCAAGGAAGAAGUGGUGCGACGGUGGCAAGACACAGAACGACGCCUGCUCAACCUGUUAAGGGAGACCCUACGCGAGAAGCAGGCCCUCGAGCGUCGGGUUAACUUCCUCCGGUCUGCUCUACUGAGCAACAAGCGCUGAGUCAACCAGCACACUCUAGACUACAAUGCCUCUUCAAACUCUGCGUGACGUCACUGAAUAUUGUCCGUUGGGCUGGGUGGAUUGGCGAAAGCCCCCGAAGAUAUUCCGACAGACAGACACAGAAUCUGCACAUAAAUUUGCCAAGCUGAUGUGAAACCCGUAAAAAACUUCACAGACGACGAACGAAGACGCAAUCCUGGCAUGCAAUAAAACUGCACCAAUGUCACCCUGGAAGACAACUAAUUCGCGCCUAAACCUCACCCACAAGACCAGUGUGCAGUGAUCUGCUAACUUGCAUCGUCUACGACCGUCUGUUGAGUGCAGACGACAGCGGCGGUCAGGCUGCUAUGGGGCAGGCACUGUGAAGUGACGCUUAGUCGAGGGGCUUUGUACUCUAGAAGGUGAUGAUGAAACCCCCUUCAGUCAAAACCCCAAUCCCCAACGGCGGGACCAAGGCCGACAGGGCCCGGACUUCUGUACUGUACUGUUGUUUGUAGAAAGAACGCACAGAGUAGUAUUUUGUGACUCGUCCUAUACACGGAGGAAAGCAAUAUGCUCCGGAGCCGUCCGGCCUGCUUACGAACUUCACUAUGCACACAUGUACUUUAGACAAAACUUGCCAAAAGAAAAACAACAAGGGGGGCGCUCGGCGGCGGUCCAGCAGUCCGGCAUUCCGCUAUGCAGUCCAGCGUCUUCCACGAAGGCCCUCGAGGCCAUUACGACGCCCAAGGGCAGGUCGUCCACCGAGGCUCCCCCUUCUCCAUGGUGCUGAGAGACGUUAAGAGGACUCUCUUCUUUUUCUACUCGUCACAAAGUACAAGAGCCGACACCUCGGCUUUUGACUCUUUACUACAGUCUGUUGCUAUACUGAGGCCAAUAUUACACCCGUUAGGUUGCAUCAUGAUCCCUACGUUAUCCUGACUGAUGCUGUUUAUAAGGCUGUUACACGAGUCAAAAAAUAGCUUUCCAGAAAUUGUAACGCGGUCGCAGGAGCCGGAAGGCCGUUAAUCCUCCAUGCUCUUUGUCAAUCCAGUCCUAUGGUGCUCCCUGGCUCUAAUAGAGGUGAGGACAGGCGCAAGUACAGUCUGGAUGACUUCCUAAAGCCGCGGGAGGAACCUCACGGAGAGAUGCUAGCCUCAUGAAACGACAGUACGUAGUAGUUCCAUAAGACUGGCAUGGUGAGAGGCAUAAAAGAACAAUCCGCGACACAAUUAAGCCUAAUCACGUUUCACAUCCUUUGCAAGGCGUGCACGCACAAUGCAUUGUAAUUCCAAUACCGCUAGCUAUUUGCCGCAUUUUGCGCUCAGCUGUCUAUUAAUACGAGAGGAGAGCGAGCCGAUAACACUCCAUUGCCACAUAGAAAACCCGAAGGACGGCCAAGGCGUCCCAUAUAUAUAUAUAUAUGAAAUCACAAUCGACGCCUACUGUUACUAGGCCAAAUUUUGCUCCGUGUAUCCCACAAAAAGGUGUGUUCCCUUCUGAACGACUGCAUUUGAGAAUAACUAGACCUGUGAUGCAACUUUUGCUACAUCUUUUAACCUUCAGAUAGGUCUUUCAAGGAGCAUGCUACAAAGAGCAUUUAUACAUCUAAUGCAUUGUUACUGGUCGGCGAACAUGCGGGGUAAACUGCCUAAUACAGAAAGUCCUUUACGGUUCUGUUCCCAGUCGCAGUCCCGAUGGGACCGUGAAUGUUACUCGAGAUAUCACUGCCAAUAGUUGAAUUUGCAACAGCAAAAAUUCUGAAAGCUUUCUUGCCUCCCUUCUGAGGGCUAAUUGUGUACAGCCACAAAAACAGUUAGCAUAACCACAGGUCACAAAUGUAUAUUUUCUUCCUCUAUAAAUGCGAGAUAUCUAACUCCAAACAUUUCUGUUACAAUUUUACGUACUAUACUGAUACAAUGUCGUCACAAUCAGCAGUGCAAAGCCAGUAAUGGUAUUUGAAAAAUUCCACGUUCCGCCCUCUUCCCAAAGACAUGCGCAAUCAACGCUGCAGCUUCUCUCCGUUAAGCAGUCCACCUUGCAUGUUUGUGACUUCUAUAGAGUUUUGAUAAUAGAGUAUGGAACAUGUUUGAACUUACGAAGCAACGUUAAUAUUUAGUCUGUAUACUCAAAGAUAUUCCUGCAGAAGACUCGUUCACUGUUUGUGUGUUCCUCUCGAGAUACUUCUGCUGUAUGCCAUUACCAAUGUAGACAACUGUCAACUUUAUUUAAAAUAUUUUGAUCGUCGGCUGGAACGAAAAUGGCGUAAGAAUAAUAAGAGAAUCAUGUAUAAACUCACAAUAAACAUAAACAUUGUUUUGUAAAAAAAAAAUGGUGACUGCUCA